AUGAUCAACACUGUAGUUUUCGAUCUCGGAGGUGUAUUUCUACCUGCUCCGUUCACCUUUUGGCCUGGUAAGUUAUUUAUUAUCGCUAGCAGAGCAAUGUUUAGAUCUGGAGAAGAAAUGGGGGUUGGAGAAGGGAUCUAUCAGACGUACAAUAUUAUCCAGCGAGUUUACUGCCACAUUCGAUGAAUUGGAGAGAGGACAACUGACUUUGGAGGACUUCAAACCUUUGUUUACAUGGUUCUACAACAGACAGGUGACUAGGUUUUUUAAAUGUGAAUUUUGAUGUUUUUAAACCUAAAUUUUGUUUUUGUUUUGCGUUUUACAUCAGAAUUGAUACCUAUUUUAGCAUGGGACAAAAUUGAAAUCUCUGCCGUGCCUUGAUUGGAUCGUGCCGCAAUUUGACACCAGAUGGAUUCCGAUUCUAGAUUCUCUUCGAACGCAAGGAUACAGGAUCUAUUUACUGUCCAAUAACUGGUACAAUGAUCGUGCUCGGAGUUCUAGUACUGUACCAGUUAAUACUGACCUUUUUGAUGGUGUAUUCGAGUCUUGUAAGCUAGGAAUGAGAAAACCCGAAACUAGAAUAUACAAACAUGUAACAGAAGCGUUGAAGGUGCAGCCAAGUCAGAUAUUAUUCAUCGAUGACCUGGGGGAAAACCUAAAGGCAGCGAGGAAGUUGGGAUGGGUUACGGUGAAGGUGAGGGAUUAUACACCUCUUUUUACAUUAUAUUAUACCUAAAAGUAAAUAAAACGCGUUUUAGUGUGUCAACCGAGAAGAUACGGUAACCGAGAUAGAAAAGAAUUUAGGGAUUUCCUUGAGAAAUAGUGUUAUUGGGGCAAAAGAUGUGGAUUAUGGUAAGUGUAAGAUGAGUUUUCUUGUAGAAACGACCAAUAGUAUUAAUAUUAUCAUCGUAUUAAUGAGUACUGGAAGUGUUAUAUAUAAAAGCCUAAAUUUCAGAGAAUUUCUCAAAUUAUCACAAGCUUUUGACCUAUUUUAAACAAAAAUUCAAAACAGAAGAUGAAAAUCUGGAAAUUAAAAGUUUUACUCACGGCGAAUCGAAUCCUACGUAUUAUGUUAAGUACCACAACUUUGAGUAUGUUCUGAGGAAGAAACCGGUGAGUGAAGAUCUAUAUUUUAUAACGUUAAAUUUUAAAACAUUUUUAGUCAGGGACAUUACUCCCAUCAGCCCAUUUAAUCGACAGAGAAUUCAGGAUUCAAAAGGCUUUAAGGGAACUUGUACCUGUACCUGAAGUUGUUGAUUAUGUUGAAGAGUAAGUUAAGGUAUCACUUUUAACCAUUUGUGUAACUAUUACGGUUAAGUAUUUUAUUUUUAAGUUAUAAGUAUCGAUUGUUACCUUUUUAAGCGUUCUUGACACUCCUUUCUACCUGGUGAGUUAUGUACGAGGUCGAGUACUAUCAGACUAUCAGCUCAAAAGUGUACCAAAAGACGAGAGGCAUCUCUACUGGACAGAAUUGGUUAAAACAUUGGCUAAAAUUCAUAGUGUUAACUACAAGAAGAUAUGGCUAGCUGAUUUUGGAAAAGAAGCCGGCUACAUUGAGAGAAAUUUGAAGCGAUGGUACGAUAACUACCAGGCUACAAAGACAAUCGAGCUAGACAUGGUACCGAGACUGUACAAGAUGUUAUGUGACAGAAUACCUAGAGAUACGAUGACUACAUUGGUGCACGGUGACUUUAGAUUGGAUAACGUGAUCUUUCAUCCAACUGAACCUAAAAUCAUUGCUGUUUUGGAUUGGGAGACGUCGACUAUUGGUAAGUAAUACUGAAUAUGAUAAUCGAUACUAUAACUAUGGCUAAAAACUAAGUUGUUGCAUCUUAAUAUGUAUAACAUGUCAAUAUUUAGGUGACCCGAUGACUGAUCUUGGCACAGUCUUGUUCAACUACUAUCACGACGAAAAGAAGUUCUACUCUACAGUAAGACCUCUGUCUACCCUCAAGGACCGUGGAUUACUACAAGAUUCUGAAUUGUUCAACACAUACUUAACUGAACUAUCUUCAACGUCUGUACCAAAACCAAAAUGGCUCCAGACGGGAGUAAAAAGCGACGAAUGGAACUUCUACGUAGCCUUCUUAUUGUUCAGAGCUGCAGCUAUAUGUCAAGGUGUAUAUAAGAGGUACCUUACCGGACAGAAUAGUGCAUUUACUGAUGGUAAAAACUUUGGUCGAUUAGCCAAGAAGUUCUUCGAACAUAGUUAUGUUAGACUCAGACAGUCUUCGUUUGGUAUGUUUCCGGUUGUACCAUCUGCUAUGGGUAAGAAAGGACAAUGGUACUACGACAAUGUCAGAGAGUUCAUGGAUACGGAGAUACUACCACAUGAGCAAGACUUUAUAAACUGGUUCAACAGCGACAAAUGCUUCUCGAUAAUGCGACUGGUCGAAGAACUGAAGGAGAAAGCGAGAGCCAAAGGGUUGUGGAAUAUGUUCAUACCUCCAUACAUCGAUCCAAAUGAGGAGUUUGGUCAGGGAUUGACUAAUGUUGAGUAUGGACACAUUGCCGAACUUAUGGGACAAUGUAUGUACUCACCUGAGAUAUUCAACUGUAGUCCGCCUGAUACGGCCAAUAUGGAGGUAGGGUGUCUGUAAAAUUACAUUUAGCUGACUAUGUACCCAUUAUAUAAUAUUACUUUUUAAUUUUUUGCACCUCUUUUUAUACUUUAACUUCAGGUGCUCAUAAAGUACGGUACCAAGGCUCAACAUGCCAAGUGGUUGAAGCCAUUGCUCGAGGGCGAGAUUCGAUCGUGCUUCUCGAUGACAGAAAAGGACGUUGCGUCUUCAGAUGUCCUCAACAUCCAAGCUCCCAUCUACAGAGAUGGGCGUGGUAACUUCAUUGUGAAUGCUCGCAAGUUCUUCACUUCUCACGCUUCUCACCCGAACUGCAGAAUCUGCAUCCUUAUUGGUCGAAUAGAGGGAUGGCAGAAUCGACCGCAGCACGAGCAACACAGUGCCAUUCUGAUUCCAAUGGAUACGCCCGGAGUUCAUGUGGUAAGAUCGUUGACUAUGUUGGGAACGUACGACGCUCCGGGUGGUCAUUGUGAGAUUGUGUUUGAGAAUGUUGUAGUACCAGAAGCGAAUCUGAUACUGAGAGAAGGAAGAGGGUUCGAAAUAGCUCAAGGAAGACUUGGGCCAGGUCGGAUUCACCAUUGCAUGAGGAUGAUUGGCCAUGCUACACGAGCCAUCGACCUUCUGAAGCAGCGUGCUCAAUCUGAUCGUACUGUGAAGGGAAAGAAGUUGAUAGAGUACCAAAAUGUUAGAAUGGAUCUGGCACACUCUUUGAUAGAAGUGGAACAGGCCCGGCUUCUAGUACUGAAGACGGCGCACAUGAUUGACACAGUUGGGGCUAAACUGGCAUUGAAAGAGAUUGCCAUGAUUAAAGUCGUGGUACCUCAAGUCGCUUACAAGAUCAUCAACCGAGUCAUUCAGAUCUACGGGGCAGCCGGCUUGACAAACGAUUAUCCAUUGGCUGGGCUUCUGAAUCGGACAAGAAGUCUUAUGAUAGCCGAUGGACCUGAUAUUGUGCAUUUGGAGACGAUUGCCAAGAGCGAAAUUUCAAAAAUUUGA